CUGACAUCACACAGCACUGACGUCACGCAGGCCGCUGAUUGGCUGCCACCGUCUGGGAAGAGGGGGGUGUGUAAGGCAUUGCAGGGGGUAGUGGGCGGAGACUGCGCGAUCCUACUGGUGGGCUACAGACAUGUGACCCUGCGGAAGUGUUAACCCGUGCACUGCUGAGACGGCGCCCACCCAGAGCCAGCACAUAAAGCCGGAGGAGCAGAGCCGCGCACGCUGCACACUGCUACACACAGCCGCCAUGAGACCGCGCAAGAACGUUUGCCAAAACUGAUCGAUAGGAGCGACAGAAGAUCUGCUGUGCGCCCCCGUUUCCCGACCUUCAAGGAUCCCCUCUAUAUGCCCCUGCAGUUGCCUGCCAUGAAUUUCCGCAGUCACCGGCUCCUACGCCGAUCUCCUCCAUCGCCCCCGACUCUCUCCACCAAACCCACUGCUGUCGGGGGGGCCUCGAGCACCGGCCUGUCCAGCCUGGGCAACAUAGCUCAGAUCAGCCCGUGCCUCUACCUCUCCAGCGGGAACGCGGCGGGCAGCCGGCAACUCGUUUACUCUCGCAAUGUCACCUGCAUUGUGAACGCCACGCUCGAGAUCCCUAACUCCAACUGGCCGGACGUAGACUACAUCAAGGUGCCAGUCCCAGACUUACCCCACGCCCCCCUGGCCCUCUACUUUGAUUCUGUGGCAGACCGUAUCCACCAGAACGGAAAAAGAAACGGCAGGACAUUGGUCCACUGUGUGGCGGGGGUCAGCCGCUCGGCCACGCUUUGCAUCGCGUACCUGAUGAAGUACCACCGCCUGUCCUUACUGGAUGCCCACCAAUGGGUUAAAACUAGGAGGCCAGUGGUGCGGCCCAAUGCUGGGUUCUGGCAGCAGCUGAUACAGUACGAGAAAAAGCUUUUUGGCAAAAACACGGUGAGGCUGGUACCAUCUCCGCUAGGACUCAUCCCAGAUAUAUACGAGAGGGAAACCCGGAACCUGAUCCCUGUCUGGGGCUUCAGAUGAAGUCGCUGCGGCUGCUACAUGGACUAAGGACAACUGCUGGUGCUAUAAUGUAUCGGCGCACAAUAGACAAUGGACACUUAAAGGGCCGGUACAGUCUUCUAAGAGUAAAGCAUGAUGGAAGUCUCUGCAGCUUUCUCUGUUUUUCAGUUCCUCACUACUGUCAUAUCUCUGCUAGAUGUCUGUGAAUAUCAACACUAAUUUACAUCUUUAAAAAAAAUCAGUAAGGAUGUUCACAGUUAAGGGUUUGUUGCAGUGUAUCAGUCCUGACAAACCUUUUUAUUUUUUACGUAAAACCUCAGCAGCCCAUAAUGGUCUCCUCUCUUGAACUCCAGGCUCAUAGCUUUUACCUAGUUCACUAUGUGGCUGGAAAUACUACAACCCCCAAAGGCUGUCAAGGUCAUGAUGGGAGUUUUUAUUUUUGAGACAGCUAGAGUCAUAGAUUGAGAACACUGGGCUUAGAGCAGCAUUUCCCAAACCAGUGUGCCCUAAUCUAUUGCAAAACUACAACUCCCAGCAUACACUUCAUAGACUAGAGUACUGGGACACUACACACUCCCCCUCCGGGAGGUCAUGCCCAGUGUAUAUAGGACAGUGUUUUCCAAACAGCAAGCUUCAGGUUGUUGCAAAACUUUUAAUUUUGCCACAGCUGGAGGCACACUGGUUAAACACUGGCUUAGGCUGGGUUCACAUGUUUUUUCCCCAUAUGGGAGCGCAUGCGGCAGGGUGGAGCUAAAAACUUGCGCUCCCGUAUCCCUGCAUAUCCGCUCCCGUAUGUAAUUCAUUUCAAUGAGCCGACCGGAAUGAAACAUUCGGUCGGCUCACUUUUGCCCCGUAUGCGCUUUUCCCCCCAACCUAAAACUGUGGUCGACCACAGUUUUAGGUCCCGUUGUAAAAGCGCAAGUUUUUAGCUCCCCCCUGCGCAUACGGCGCUCCUGUAUGGGGGAAAUUGUAAACCCAGCCUUAGUGUAGGGUGGUUACAAUUUUAAAGGGGUACUCCGGUGAAAACCUUUUUUCUUUUAAAUCAACUGGUGGCAGAAAGUUAAACAUAUUUGUUAAUUACUU